CCCUGGGCACCCAUGUGCUGGCCCGGGCACCCGUGCGCACCAUGAAUGACCAGUACCACCGAGCCGCCCGCGACGGCUACCUGGACCUGCUGAAGGAGGCCACCAAGAAGGACCUGAACUCGCCGGAUGAGGAUGGCAUGACCCCGACCCUAUGGGCCGCCUACCACGGCAACCUGGACGCCCUGCGGCUCAUCGUCAGCAGAGGGGGCGACCCAGACAAAUGUGACAUCUGGGGUAACACCCCCCUUCACCUGGCAGCAGCCAACGGCCACCUGAACUGCCUCUCCUUCCUCAUCUCCUUUGGGGCCAACAUCUGGUGCCUGGACAAUGACUACCACACCCCACUGGACAUGGCAGCCAUGAAGGGGCACAUGGAGUGCGUGCGGUACCUGGACUCCAUCGCUGCCAAGCAGAGCAGCCUCAACCCCAAGCUGGUGAGCAAACUGAAGGACAAGGCCUUUCGGGACGCGGAGCGCAGGAUUAAGGACUGCGUGAAGCUGCAGAAGAAGCACCACGAAAGGAUGGAGAAACGGUACAGAAAGGAGAUGUCAGAUAAUUCGGACACCAUGAGCUUUUCCAGCUAUUCAAGCAGCACCUUAAGCAAGAAGUUCCAGCACAUGUCUAUGGUGACUUCCCUGCCAUACUCACAAGCCACCAUCCACGGCACAGCCAAGGGAAAGACCAAAAUACAGAAGAAAUUAGACAAGAAGAAGCAGGUGGACGGGACAUUCAAGAUCUACGAGGAUGGGAGGAAAAGCGUGCGGUCUCUGUCUGGCCUGCAGCUGGGCAGUGACGUCAUGUUCGUGAAGCAGGGCACCUACGCCAGCCCUAAGGAGUGGACUCGCCGCAAUAUCCGAGACAUGUUCCUCACGGAUGAAGACACCGUCUCCCGUGCCAUAAGCGACCCGGGUUUGCACAUGGACUCGGCCCACUCCGAGGUCAGCACCGACUCGGGACACGAGUCCCUGUUCAACCGGCCCGGGCUGGGCACCAUGGUGUUCCGGCGCAACUACGUCAGCAGCGGGCUCUUCGGGAUGGGCCGGGAGGACGGGGCCGCGCCGGGGGAGGACGGCGCCGACGGCGUGGGCGUCCGGCUGCGGAGCCGCCUGCAGCGCUCGCCAAGUCUCAACGACAGCAUUGGCAGUGCCAACAGCCUGCAGGAGAGGAACGAGGAGGAGCUGCCCUGGGACGAGCUGGAGCUGGGCUUGGACGAUGAUGAUGAACCAGACACCAGCCCCUUGGAAACUUUCCUGGCUUCUCUGCACAUGUUUGAGUUCAUCUCCAUCCUGAAGAAGGAAAAGAUUGACUUGGAGGCCCUCAUGCUGUGUUCAGACAAUGACCUGAAGAGCAUCAAUAUCCCAUUGGGCCCCAGGAAAAAGAUUGUGGAUGCCAUCCAGAGGAGACGACAAACGCUGGAGAAGCCAGAUGUCAUUGUAGACACUGAACUGUAAGUAGGAGUUGGGGUCUGAGAGGUUAAACCCUUCAGCAGGUGGAGAUGUGGAUAAUGUAAGGUCUUGUUUUCAACCUGCUUUGGAAGAGUAGGAGUCCAGGUAACCUCAGCACUUCUGUGUGUGUGGGCAAAUUCCUGCUCGUGUGGAAAGGAUGAGAGUUUGGAGAGGUGGCAAUAGCGUUAGUUCGUUACUCAACAACCUUAAUGUAACUGGGCAGGACGUGAAGCCCUGGUUUUGUUUCAUAACCCAUUUGAAUGCAGACUGCUUUGUGGUCUGAUGCUACUCAGUCCAUGUAACA